CGUCACGGCGGGCGCCGGGCGGAGGAAGAUGGCGGCGGCCGGGGCUGGCGCGGGGCGGAAGCAGGUGCGGCAGGAGGAGCUGCGGCGCCUCAUGCGGGAGAAGCAGCGCCAGAACGCGGGGAAGAAGCGGAUCGACUCGCCCUUCGCCAAGUACAACAGCCUGGGGCAUCUGAGCUGCUCCCUGUGCAACGCGCCCGUGAAGAGCGAGCUGCUGUGGCAGACCCACGUCCUGGGCAAGCAGCACCGGGAGAGAGUUGCAGAAUUAAAAGGUACAAAGCAGACUGCAACUGGUUCAGCUGCUGGCACAUCAUCUCAUCCUGUCAAGAGAAAAACUGUUGACACCGAAAAUACAGAGCUAAAAAGAGUAAAGGGUACAGACGAAAAGCCACAUACGUCUACAGCUGGGCUGCCAUCAGACUUUUUUGAUGAAGCGGAGCAAGACAGUGCAAAUGUACAGCUUUCCAAGGGUCCAGGUCCCAGUUUAUUGUCAGGAAAUUAUGAUGAUGAUGAUGAUGAUGAAGAGGAGGAACAAGAACAAUCAAGCAAAUCUUCCAUUAUGCAUAAAACUGAAAUCCCAGCUCAAGAAGCAAUAGCUAAUUCUCUGCCUGCAGACUUCUUUGACAGCAAAACUCCUGCUGCUCCUGUAGUUUCCCAUUCAGGAUCCAUACAGAAAGCAGAGGUACAAGAGAAGAUAGUGGAAAGGAAAGAAAACACUGCUGAAGCUUUGCCAGAAGGUUUCUUUGAUGAUCCUGAAGUGGACGCAAAAGUGAGAAAAGUUGAUGCUCCAAAGGAUCAGAUGGACAAAGAAUGGGAUGAAUUUCAAAAGGCAAUGCGACAGGUCAACACAAUUUCAGAAGCAAUAGUGGCAGAAGAUGAUGAGGAGGGACGACUAGAUCGCCAGAUUGGAGAAAUUGAUGAGCAGAUUGAAUGUUAUCGCCGUGUCGAGCUUCUGCGUAACCGCCAAGACGAGAUGAAGGAGAAGCUAAAGGAAGCCAUGAGAUUAAGAGCAACACAAGAGAAAGAGGAUGAGGAUAUUGGUAGUGAAGAUGAAGAAGAACUGCAGGAUUUGCUGUCUCAAGACUGGCGGGUGAAAGGGGCAUUGUUGUAGCAUUUCUGCAACAUGGUUGAUACUCUUUUUAUCUGUAAUGUUACUUCCAUUAUUAGAAGUGAGACACUUUUGUUAAUUAUUUAUUUAAAGAGGAUUGUGAGAUGGUAAAGAGCCAAGUGUUUUAAGAAAAAAAAUCUUUGUAGAUCUAAAUGGUGUAUUACUUGUUGUAGAAACUGUACACUGCAAAUGUUUUACAAUAUUGAAUGCACCUUUCCUAUUAAAAUGAUUGGUUUCUUACCAGAAGUAUUUUAGUGGGAUUAAUAAGUCUAUAAAGAAUCUCUGAGGUUUUGGAAGCAUUAACUAUAUUUGGUAAUUUUGAGACUUGGCUUAUUGUGUAUAGAAAUCAAGGAUUUGAAUAGUCUAUGGAGUUUUUCCAGACUGGGGGGUUAGGGAAAGGAAAAUAUUAUACAUUUAUGUUUUCUUAAAAUUUUAAGUGCUCCUCUGUCCAUUGCCCCAGCUUCCAAUAAAAUAUGUACAUUUUUUUUCAGGAUCUGUUACAGUUUCUCUGUGUAUAUAAGGACUAGCUCAGAAAUGCUGAGUUACAGCUUCUCCACAGUGUAUACUCUGUGAUGUGCCAUAGGCAGUGCUGAAUAUUUUUCUUUAUAGUAUCCUGUUUUGCUUAGUGCAGCCAUCAUGUAGCAUACCUCACACUUCUUGAACCAGAGGGAUAAGAAUACAGUAGUUACAUAUCUGCAUAACUAAAUGAACGGGUGACAAAGUGCCGGAGAGGAAGGUACUGCACUGGACACUGAGAAGGUAAAAUAAUUUCUCUAGCUGUAAAUAUUUCUUUAAAUAUUAUCUUAGGCACUGAGAGCAUCUAAAAUUAAUUUCUGUUCUGAUAAACACAGAUUAAGUAAAAUGAAGAACCAACAAAUUUGAUGAGACUGGGACAUGAAAAGCAGACCUACCUUAAGCAUGGGUAAGUGUCUCUUUUUUAUUUUUUUAAUGAAGCAAAUUUAAAACAUUUCAAAUUUGCUGAGCACUUGGAAAAAAUAGGAGAUGUGUGGCUUGAUUUAUAUCAAAAAGUAAAGUUGUGAAGGAGCAGUUUAACAUUUUCCUUUUAAGAUUCUACUUUCAAAGCUAGAUUUUAAAGGGAGAAAACAAGCUUUAUUCUUAUGAGGGCAUUCUCAUUACUUGUCUCAGAGAUGUUUAUGAACCAAGCAAUAAAGAUUAAAACUAAAGUUAGAUAUUUGAUUUGCCUGUUUUGGAAGAAUGAUUUGAUACGGUGGGAGCCCUUUCUGUAUAGUGAUAGAGAUGCUUUUUUAUCACUCUCGAUUUCCAUGAUGCUUGGGUUCAGCUCUUUAUAUUUAUAAAGCUGUCAAAAUUCAAGCAAUGGUCCUUAGCAGUUUAUUGCAUCCAUUUAUUCCUGCUCACAUGUGCUGGAUUACAGCCAUUGGGUCUUGGUUGAUUUAAUAACCAUAAAUGUAAGUAGCUGUUGCUGCUAAAAUGUUUGAUGAAACACUGCAGUCUUACAUGAAUUAGUACUGUCAUUAAAAUAGCAGUAUUCAGAGAGUACUGAAAUAGAGAAUAAGCAUUCAGAGAAUAUCAAAAUAAAUAAGAAUGUUUGGACAAGCUGGAGAAGACUUAGUUGGACCAAAACUGAAAUACAAUUUCCUUUUAUAGCGUGAAACACUUGAAUAUUGAUGUCUAAGGUGCCUGGCACGCUGCAGUGAAAGAUCUCUAGAUCCAUUUAUCACUGUAAAGAGAACUUUGAGCUGAGAGAGUGCUACAGUCUUAAGAGAUGGACAGUCUUUUUCAAAACAAAAUGACAGACCCCCACUUUCCCUCUGACAAGAGCUAAGCUCAGUUUCUAACUGUUCUAUUUAUAUUUGCUUUUCACUGACCCCACUCACAAAAGCAUCCUAGCUUGUUAACACUGAACUUUAGAACCACUCUGCCUUUGGCUUAACAUCAGAGAAACAGGAUGUGAUUAAUGUCAGGUUACACUGAGCAUCAUGAACAUACAUGUUUUGACAGUAUAAAAAUGUUAAUCUCUGAGUUUAUAACUGACAUCUCUUUUUUUGUACAUUUUUCUGUAAUUUUACUUUCAUCUUGUACAUGAACCUGCAAAUCAUGGUUUCAGCUGCAGAUGAACAGGAAAUGAACUGAGCAUUAAAACAGUUCAGCUGUUUUAGUUCAGUUGCCCUCAUCUUCAGGGGUAUCUUGUGGUAACAAGCUAAAGGCAGGGAGUUUAGUUACAGAGCAUGGAGCUUGUACACUGAAAUCCAAACCAGUGCAGCCCAUUGUUAUUAUUAGGAAGAGAUGGCAGGAAUAAACACCAGAUCACUCAUCAUUCUAUUCAUUAUCCUUGCACAACUUGUUGAAAGAGUAAAGACAAUGGACUGGCCAGUGCGUGUAUGCAUUGCUGGGGAAGUGACAGCAUUGGUCCCUCUUGGUUGCUUCUUGUUUAGGGGAGGAAUCUCAGAGAUCUACAAAUAAUGUUGUAUCCAAGUUUUACCCAUCUUACUGCUGUGUACUGUACAUUUCUUCAGCAUGUGGAACAAAGCUUUUAGAGAGCUUUGUGAAGAUGGUGGGAGUAGUGACUUUGCCCUUUGUGACCACUGAUGUACGUGUGCUGUUAUGUCAAGAAGGCAAGAAAUCAUCCAGCAACGGAAGUAGCAUGGCUAUAAGGGAGAAGAGGGAUAUAGCCUAACCUUACUCAGUAGUCAAGCUAAUUUAUCAAGGACUUCCAGAAAACUGAAGAAUCAGAAUUAAGGGGGAAGGCGCUUAACAUUUGUAAUCCUCGUUGACUGAUAAUAAUAAUGGAGACUGUUGUCCAAACUUAAGAACUGUGGAAUUUCAUGCCACCAAAAAGUAGCUGAGGUUCCCCUGCUCAGUGGUUGUGAAACUGUUUAAGUGCCUUGCAGGGCCAAGGAUGUAUGUGCCUGUAGGUGCACGAAUGUUUGAAAUGGAGUUCCAAGUAGCAGCUCUGCAGGCGCAGCAACCACAGCUACAGCUGCCAGCUGCUCAUGGUCAGCUCUUCUCUGGCAGUUACUGUCUUAAGAUACAUGCCAGUCUGUAGAGUGACAGGACACAUGCAUCCAGGACACAGGACAGAUGCAGACACUGCUUUAAUCAACAUUCCUGCAUUCCUUCAUAGAACGAGUGAAUGGAUCAAGUACACUGCAGUGCCAGGAAGGGCGGUGUGUACUAGAAAGUAUUGCUCAGGGCAAGAGUUGGAAAUUUCAAGUGUGAAGCAGUUUUUCAGUAUCUGCCUUCAACUGAUCUUCUGUUCAUCACUUCAGUUACAACUAUCCUGGCCUGAUAGCUAAGAAAAGAAAUGCGAGCAUUUCCUUUGUGCAGACAUCUAAACCAGGUCUUCCAAAAAUACAGUGGAGGAACAAAUGCCUUGCACAAUUGGUGGCUACAGCAGUUACGGAGGAUACAAGAGAUCUCUGUUCAAAUCCCUCCUUUCAAUGCUGUCCUUUGAACGGCCACUUUGUGUGACCUAGUUGAGCAGUCUAACAAUUCCAGUCUUUUCUGUAGAAGCUGUGCCCCUGUAAAAGGACCGAAUUAGUGAGUAUAUGUGACUUUCUUGUUAGAUAAUCAUGGCACUCAGCCAAGAAGGGGAAGGUCCUGUUCCAAGUACAUAAAUAGUGCUGAAAUACGUUCAGCUGAUAUUGAGGCUGUGGAAUAAACUGGAUUUGGAUCUUUCCCAUCUGA